UUAAAAUAUUAUAAAACACUAGUGAUGGUUAUACAAAAUAGAAAUACGAUAUGAAAAUAAGCCAUAUCAUCCCCUUCAGAGAACACAAGGAUCAGAGUAGCAAGAGUCUCUUCUUCUUCAUGGCGCUCGGCAAGACCUCUGCGAUGAGGACUGUCUACUUGGCAGCCGCUUUGCUCUUGUUUCUUGAAACCAUGUCUUCUACCUUCCCAUCCUGCCAAGCUCGAAACGGCUGGAUCCGCCCGGAGAAGUCCCUGCCGCCGCCGCCUUCGCCUUCACGGCCACGAAAGGACACAUGCUUCAGCUUCGCGCACUGCAUGAUGUCGAGGUGCACCGUGCACUGCGUCUCCAAGGGCUACAGGGGUGUAGGUUCACGCUGCGUGAAGCACAACCAAACUGUAACCAUGGAGUGCUGCUGCAGAAUUUAUGGCAACGUAGGGUAGUGCAGCCAUCUGUUUCCUGAACAAGUACAAUAAGAGUUUUUUUUUGUAGUUAAUUAUCAGGUCCUUGAGCUAUGUGUGUCUUUCUAAUUUGCGUUCCUUUUGGAGUAAUGACUGUUGAG